AAGGAAGGCUCAAUACCACUCAUCGAUGUCCGGAAUCAUUACGAGUCGCGAAUCGGUUAUUUUGUCACGAGUAACGACGAAGCAGCUGUUCGACCAGCGGUGCGCAGGUUCAGUCAAUGGCCCGGGUACGUGGCGAGACAUGUGCUUGGAAACGAGAUCUACAAAAAGCCAAUCGCCACUUAUUGUACGGGUGGCAUUCGAUGUGAGAAAGGCGCGCGCUGGAUGCAGGAGGCUUUGGCCGCAGAAGGGGACCGUAGCGAUGCUCCAGUAUACACUCUUCAUGGUGGAAUCGUGGCAUAUCAGGCAUGGAUACAGCAAGAAAUCGAGGCGGGAAGGAAAACGCAAGAGGACAGCUUUUUCAGAGGAACAAACUAUGUGUUCGAUGGCCGAGGAUCAAUAAGUAUGGACGCCGAUACUCGAAAGAAAGUAUCAACUUGUCACGAGUGCGGCAUAUCGGAGGAUCGCCUCGGAAAGUGUGCUGGAACAGGGUGCCAUCUCGUGCUCGUAGUUUGCGAGCGAUGCGAGAAACGAGGUCAGGUUCGAUGUUGUGACGACUGCGGGCGCAUAGAAACUUCACAACAACAAGACGGAGCAUCGAGAGGGAGACCAAUAUGCCAAUGCGAAAGCGACCGUGAGAAGUCACUCUGGGGUGACAAAGGAGCCAAAAUCAGGAAAACGAAACAAACCUUGAAGGCACGACAUGCGGAAGUGAGAUGA